AUUGAAAUCCCAAAAUUCUGGGAGAGUUCUCUUCUUUUCAGCAUUUCAAACCAGAAGAGACUUUAAAUCCAUUCUAAGCAGAGGCGCAGGCUCCGUGAACUUGGCAGUGGGCCCAGCCAUUUUGGCGGACAAUUGAGAUGGAAAGAACCUUUGUUCCAGCGACAGAAUUGUGGGUUCUAUUCUGAGGCUGAUGUGGUGAAGAGCACGGGAAGGUGAAGGCCAUUCCUACAAUCUCCCAGGUGACUGCAGUUUAAUUGUUUCUCCUAGAGAAAGAACAUGGAUCCACCUGCUCAUCAGUGUUUUGUGGCACCGUCAUAUGCAGACUUGGUUAUCAAUGUAGGAAAAGUGACCCUUGGUGAAAACAAAAGGAAAAAGUUGACAUCACCUCAGAGGAAGCAAGAAAGAGAAAAAAUCACCAUUGCUGCAUGUUCUUUGCUGAACUCUGGAGGAGGAGUGAUCUACAUGGAAAUGGCCAACAAAUGGGACCCUUGCGAGAACAUGGAGAUGGGACAGGAUUUAGAAGAGUCCUUAAGGAAAUUAGUUGAUCCUUUCCAUUUUCAAACCUAUUUUGCAGCACUGUCACAAAGGGGAUAUUAUUUCAUUUUCGUUAAAUCCUGGAGCAACGGAGUUUCCCCUGAGAAUAGCUCUACCAUGCCCCGAAUUUGUAGUGAGAGUGUGAUGCUGUACGAAAGGAGCGGUACUAGUAGUUCAAAGAUGAGCCCGAGUGCGAUCAUCAACUUUCUGAAAAAUAAAAAAAAAGAUAGAAGUGUGACCAGAGUAGAAAGUCCACCCCCUAAAAAAGUAUUAAAGACUGAGAAUCAUAACAUUGAGGAGAGGGACCCUGUUGUCCAAGUAUUCCAAAGAGACCGCCUUGAGAGAGGAGAAGUGCUACCAUUUUCUGAAUCGAAUUUAGUCGAAUUUAAAAAUUUCUCAACAAAAAAAAUUGUUGACUAUGUAAAAUGCACGAUACCGAAGUACGUUUCAGCUUUUGCCAACACAGAAGGAGGCUACCUCUUUAUUGGUGUGAAAGAUGGCAGUCGGGAAGUUGAGGGAAGCUUGUUGGAAAACGUGACCCCAUCCUUGUUGAUAAAAGAAAUAAAGCAAAAGAUAGACAGCUUGCCCCUUGUCCACUUCUGCAGCCACAGGUGUUCAAUAAGCUAUACGACCAAAUUUCUGGAAGUAUAUGACAAAGGAGAACUCUGUGGUUAUGUCUUUGUGGUCAGAGUGGAACCUUUUUGUUGUGUGGUAUUCUUAGAAGAGCCCGUUUCAUGGAUUGUGAAGGAUGGACGUAUAAGCAGAUUAUCAACUGAGGAAUGGAUGGACAUGAUGUUGGGUGCUGACUCAAAUCUUUCACUCCUGGCUCAAAACUUUGACUCACAGUUGAGCCUGGACAAUUGCCCUCCCCUCAGCAGACCGGUAUAUUGCAAGAAGAACUUGGAACAUAAAGAGGCACUUCAGAAACGUUUGUUCCCAGUACCAUCAGAGGGGAUAAAAUACCACCCAGAUUCCCUUUGCCAGGAAUUGUUCUCAGAACACGAAGGACUGGAAGAGUUAAUGAAUAACCAGAUGUUCAGAGAAGAGUGUUCCCAAGGAAUACUGAUGUUUUCCAGAAGCUGGGCGGUUGAUAUCGGCUUGCGGCAGAAUCAGCGAGUACUUUGUGACGCUCUUCUAACAGCCACUAACAGCUUCCCGGUUCUGUAUACAGUCCUUAGGGAGCCAUCUCCUGAUGGAGAGGACUAUUCCCUCCAUACCGCCCUCAUGUUAAAGCAGAAGCUGGUGAACACCGGUGGUUACACUGGGAGAGUGUGUGUUAUUCCCAAGGUUCUGCUCCUGAACUCUAGAAGUGUUGCAGAGGUCCUCGGGAGCUCAGGUCCGCCCAUUCUUUACCCUUCAUCUUACAAAGUGAUGAACAAGGAAAUGACAACCCUGCUGCAGUCCCUGGUGAUAGUCCUGCUCAGCUUCCGGUCCUUUUUAAGUGACCAGCUUGGGUAUGAGGUUCUAAACCUACUCACAAUUGAACAGUAUAAUGUGGUUUCGAAGAACCUUCGCAACACUCCAAAAUUGUUUGUCCAUGGCUUCCCUGGAACAGGGAAGACAGUUAUAGCCAUGAAGAUCAUAGAGAAAAUCAGGAAUGUGUUCAACUGUGAGAAAAAGGAGAUCCUCUAUAUCUGUGAAAAUCAGCCCUUGAAAGAUUUCAUGAGAAAGAAAGAUAUCUGUGAAGCCGUGACUCGAAAAUGCUUCCAGUCACACUCCUUUGAGGAAGUUAAGCAUAUUAUCAUUGACGAAGCUCAGAAUUUUCGCCAGGAAGAUGGUCCCUGGUACAAGAAGGCCAAAGCGAUCACUCAGAAAAGGGGGGUUGCCCCAGGGACAUUCUGGAUCUUCUUGGAUUAUUUUCAGACCAGUCAUAUAGAUGACAGAGGCCUUCCCCAUUUCUCUAAGCAGUACCCUCAAGAACAACUCACAAGAGUGGUUCGCAAUUCAGAUCCUAUAGCAACAUUUGUUAAACGACAUAUGGAAAUGAUCAAAACAAAUCUUCCAUUUGAUAUCCACCCAACAUCUUUAAAGAUGAUGGAUGAAGCUUGCUGGUCGUCAGGGGUUCGGGGUUUUUGUAACGUUAAGGAAAACUUGACGAGGCACCAGAUUGUGACCUAUGUGGCAGAAGAGUGCAAAAAAUUGUUCCAAAUGGGUUAUUCUUCUAAAAACAUCGCUAUUCUGGUCAGCACACGCAAGGACGUAGAAUAUUAUGAAGAACCAUUGAAACAAGCAACUAAGAAAAUCAGGGGACUCAGGAUCAGCUCUGACUCCAAUGAGGAAGGAAAUUUUGUCAUCCUUGACAGCAUUAGGCGCUUUUCAGGGCUAGAAAGGAACAUCGUGUUUGGGCUCAAUCCUAUAGCAGUCUUUCCAGAUAUUUCAUGCAGUCUUUUGGUCUGUUUGGCAUCAAGAGCACUCACAUACCUCUAUAUCUAUACAGAAGGGAGGAACUAGGUGCAAUGGCUGAGCAAGAAGUCAGCAUUCCAUCAUAAAUAGAAACAUAUAGACAGCAAGCUUGAGUAAAAGAAAAGGAGAGAAAAGAAAAAAGAAAGCUUACAAGGAAAUUACCUCUCAGCUGGGCUGGAAUGUCAGUUAGCCAAUAAACUUUUUUUUUUAACUUUUUUUUUUAUUUUUAGGCAAUCGGGGUUAAGUGACUUG